GACACCUGCCGCGGUGACGUCACCGCCUCCGGUCGGGGUGGGGGCGCGGGGAGGGAACGGCCGUCCCGCUCUGCCCCGCCUCCCGCCCGUUCGGCCCAGCCCAGUCCGGCCCGGCCCGGCCGCCGCCACCCAGCCAUGGCGAGCGCGGCGCCCGCGCGGCCGCGGCAGCCGGAGACGGGCGGGGAGAGCGGCGGCGGGCGGGAGCGGCCGCAUGGCCCGCAGGAUGCGGCCCCGGCAGAGGUGUCGGGCGGGGCCGGGGCGGCGGCGGCUCUGCUCGGGGAGACGGGUCUGGCGGUGGGCUGCUGCAUCGCGGCGGCGCUGAGCUGGGAGCGGCCCCUCCACAGCCUGGGCGGCUUCGUCUGCGCCAACCUGCUCUUCUGGUUUGUUGCGCUGACCCCUUGGAGAGUGUAUCAUUUGACUUCUCUCAUAAUACUUGGACUGCUAGUUCUACAGAUAAUAAAGGAUUUGGUGUUAUCUAGGAUAAAAGGUGCACAGCUUUGGAGGAGCAUCACUGACAACUGGGAAGUCAUCAGUUCCAGGCAAGACUACAGACCCAGAAUAAAUCAGUGCCUUUCAGAAGCACUGAUGAAUUUAUUUGUAUUUCUUCAAGAAAUGUCCCACUUCAAGGAACAAAACCCUGGCAAGUUUUGCCUACUAGUCUGCAGCGUAUGUACAUUUUUCACUGUCUUGGGAAGUUACAUUCCUGGAGUUGUCCUCUCCUAUGUCUUGCUAUUGUGUGCCUUUUUAUGUCCCUUCCUCAAGUGCAAUGAAUUUGGGCAGAAAUUGUGCAACAAAGUUAAGUCUGUUCUGAUGAAACUAGAUUUUGGAAUAGUGGAAUACAUCAACCAGAAGAAAAAAGAGAGAUCUGAAACAGCAAAAACAAAAGCCACAGAAGAUGACAGUGAAUUAGACAUAUCAGCCCUGUGUCCUAAGGUUAGUCCUGCAGUUGCUGCCAAAGAGCUGUCAGUGUCUGACACAGAUGUAUCAGAAGUAUCUUGGACCGAUAAUGGGACCUUUAACUUAUCUGAGGGGUAUUCUCCACAGACAGACACAUCUGAUGAUUUUGACCGACCCAGUGAUCACGAAGAAGCUUUUGCUAGAGAUCUCUCAGAAUUCCCUUCUUUGGAAAAUGGUGCAGGAACAAACGACGACGAUGACUCGAGCAUCGGUAUGCCCAUCCAGCAAAGCAGAAGAAAAGAACAAAUGUCUUUAAAGGCGGAGCAUUCUUCCAGACAGCGUAAAGAGAGACCGUCCACUGCAGGGCUCUCCUUGCCUUUGACCAGUGACCAAACCUUUAAUUUAAUGAGCGGUAUUGCUGGGGAUGUCAUCGCCGCCGCGGUGUCUGCUGCCAUCAAAGACCAGCUGCAGUCUGUGCAGCCAGCUCCCUCCCGCGCGGUGCCCAGCUUGAGUGAGGAGACAGACACCGAGGAAGCCGAUGAUUUUGAACUGCUUGACCAGUCUGAGCUUGAGCAGAUUGAGAAAGAAUUGGGACUUUCACAAGGCCAAGAAGCAGAAUCCCAGGAAAAAAAGAAGUCUUCGGGCUUCCUUUCACAUCUGCUUGGAAAUCAUUAACCUGGGAAUUGCAGCUGGUGACAUAAAGGAAAUGAAACAUAGAACACACACAAAAUCAAAUGCAAAAAAAGGAAAAUUCUGAGCUGUAAGCUUUAACUAUCACUUUAGAUGUGUUGUAAUAAUUUCCCUUAUGCAGAGUGAAUUAACUGGAUAAAUAUCAGCUGAUACUGAUAGUUUAACGUUUCUGGUAGUUUUACCUCAAUGUAAUAGCAUGGAAAUGAAUUAUCUAUCCACUGUUCGGUCGCAGAUGUGUGUUGGAGGUCAGUUGUUCAAAAGGAUUGGGGGAGAGGUUUUCUUAUCCUAUGCCAAACAUGGAUUUUGGGGUCCUGAGCCAAAUUUUCAACAUCGGCAAUUGGUUUACUCAUAGUUGCCAACCGUGUAAUACAAUUAAUGGUUAACACAGCAAGGAUGAGUUAUCAGAGGAUCGCAGUGAGAUUAACUAAAUCUCACCUCCUUCAAUCAUGGCAGGAAGUAUGAAUCCCUGCAGUUACUGUUAUGUAUAGUGCAUCUCCUACUUAAGAAUGCAUUAACCAGCGGAAGUCUAGUUUAAAUGUGUGUGCAGCACUAUUGGAGAACUUGAUUUAACACUUAAAAAACUUUGAGUUAUAUUGGAUAUGGUGAUGCAUUUCCACGUUCUUUGCUGUUUUAGGCUUGUAGAGUUGUGAAGUGGCACACUACGUGACUGACCACCUGCUGUGUUCCUUCAGAGUCUGGUCCUUGGCAGUAUUGCCUGUGUAAAGUCAGCCAAUACAUUUUUAUAGAUGAGUUACUGUGUAAUCUGAACAGCCUUUUGGGGAGCAGGUGGGAUAGUUAUUGUUUGGACUAGGGAAGAUAUAAAAGUCGGAGGUAAAGAGAAGGGCUUUUUUAGCUGCCACUUGCGUAAUUCCAAAUGUUGUGGGGUUUGUUUCUGUUUUGUUUGGUUGGUUUUGUUUUUCCCUGUAACAACUGCCAUCACUUUCAACAAAAGUUGUACAAGCUGGAUCUUGUGAGAUACUUAAAAGUACUUAGUGAUUUGCUAUGGAAGACACUCAGAGUCUUUUUCCUGGCAUAUAAUUUAAAACAAACAAACAAAAAUGAACUUGUUUCAGUGAUUGACCAUUUUCAACUCCACACGUGCUCAGUGAAUGGCAUGGGAUCUUAAGCAGGUUACUCGUUUGACUUUUCCUAGGGCUUCUUCAUUCACCUUUAACAACAUCAAAUUGUAAUACCACGCAAUAGUAAUCAAAGAAAUAGGAAGAAGUAAAGCUAGUUUUUCUACUGUGACAUAAACUGUUAGCAAAGUGGAGGGACCAUGUCAGCUGCUACUACAAUUGAAGUGAUUUUCCAUUUGCUGGCAUUUUAAGAGGCGAAUGCUGUCAUCUAGGACCCUCAGAAAGUUCAGCAACAGAGUAUAACAAUUUCCACUGACGUGUAUGUGUAGGUAAACCUGUGUUUGAAGUUAACUCCAUUCUAAUUACUUUUUCUUUUCUUGAGGUGAAAAGGUAGGCAGAUGGCCAAACAGAUUGUAGCUAAAGGAAAGAUGCUGAGAAUUUUUGACACUAGCUUUAUCGUCGCUUGUGCUUUUGUGUCAGUAAUGCAUAUUGACUGUGUUUGCCGUCUUUUACCAGUAAAAAAAGUGAGCCUGUGCCUUCAUUAUCAAAUCCAUUUCGAAGUAAGUGGAUGCUGGAUAUAGAUCACCCAAGGUGCUGCUUUUGAAAUUAUAGCAUCUUACCAUUAAAAGCGAGUUUCUGAAAAUUAUCUUAAAAACACGGCCACAUUGCUUUCACACUGUUAAUUGUUAAGUUUCCUUUUCAGCUUCCCCCAGCCUGUCCUUCCCAUUUGGAAAAAAUAGAAACAAAGGAAGCUUCUGCUGGGAAAUCACAAAGUUUAAAGGCCAUUUAUGUUUCUUAGACAAGAACGCCGUGUCCUCGCUGCGUGUAUAGGGCAGUAGAUACAGUGAGAAGCCUGCAGCUUCCAGGAUGCUGAUGGGACUUUGCAGAGCUCCUAGACGAGGCGUGCUGUCUGAACAAGGGUGCUGGUGCCCAGGGAAAGGACAGGCUGCGGGAUAGGGGAGGCUGGGGAGGCAGCAGUCCUUUGUGAGCUUGGCUGGAGCGGGUAGGUGAGAGUGGUGGCAUUGCAACAGUGUGCACUUUAUUGCUGUUUUAUGAAGAAUACUUGUGGUCAUGAAAGUACCUAACACUGGGUGCUCUUCUAGGAGAAGAAAUCAGAUCAAGGAGGAUGAGCGGUUGGAGGAGUUUGUUGGACUUUUUGUAAAUGAUCCAUUUUCUGGUUUCAAUGUAGAUCAGUUUUUCUCCAAUGAAGGGUGAGUCUCAAAUUUUCUACCGAAACCAAUAGCAAAACUUGAGCAAGCAAAUUAUUAAAGAUUAGGGACAUUGUUGCUUAUCUGAGUGUCUGGAAUUCAUCUGUUCUCAUGCUAGCUGAUUAUAUACUAUUUUUUAUGCAAGCCCCUAAGUACAGUGCAAUGGGAAGGAGGUCAUUUUGUGGCAUACAGUAUUCCUGCUAAAGUAGAGGAAGGCUGUUUAUUUUCUGUGGAAUGUCACCUCUCCGCUCCCAAACAAGGGCUGGUAGGAAACUCAGCCACACUACAUUCCACAAGAGUUGGAUAGCAGAAUGCAAAGGAAAUAUUUCUUCUGUAAGCCCUUCCACCCUGUUUAGUUGGAAAUAACUUCAGAAGCCUUCAUUAAGCUGUAUUCUAGCAGCAGCCACAACGUAGCCAUUAUGUACAACUCCGGUCACAUCAUCUGCCCGUGGUCUGGCUUGCUUCCUUGCUAACCUUUGCCAUCGUCUUCUCAUCUUCCAAAGCGAAGUACAAGGGCAGGGAGAGCACGAGGAGGUGUGUGGCUUUGUGUGUUUGUGAUGCUAAAGGCCUGCUUUUGGGCCCUUUCCGGGCCCACCCCAGCACGGUCAGGCUGCAGAUCAUGGAGCAUGGAGGUGAGCUCACACCGCUCAAUCUGCCCACGUGGUGCCCUAACCCCACUUGAAAACCUACCCAUGUGUUCCUACACCUCAGUGUCAGACUGGGCUGUCAGCACUGAAUCAGGGAUUUAAGCACGUGAAGUGCAGGGCGUGAGCACCUCUCUGCACUGCGCGCUGUCCCGAUGUCCCCGCUGGGCACUGACCCAUGGCUCUCCAACUGAAAGCAGCACAGGAGGGGAACUCGUUAGGCCCAAAGCUGUAGGAUCCCAAACCGCUCUUGUUCUCUGGUUUGGUUUGGUUCGCACUUUUCCAGACUCCACCUCAGCACUCUGAGCACAUUUCCCCCCCCGGUCCCGGGGUGUGUUGGCUGCACACCGGCGCACCUCCAUAGCGGGUAGCCAGAAACUGGAGCGUUACAAACCGUCUGUAUUUAAAGUACUUCACAGCACUUUACCUAGCUUGGUUACUAUUUUGUAAACAUGGAAUUAUUAUAUUGAUUGUUUGUAAGACCAUUUAAUAAAUGUGUUAGUUUUUAUCUUUCAUUAUAUCUAAUGUAUGUUUGUUCUCAAGAUAGGAGGAAAAAAAAAAAAAAAAGAUGGCGAGAAAAGCCUUCGGUCGACUUUUUGCCGCACUCUGUUUAUUCCUUUCCUUUCCCUGAUGUGAACCAGUGCUUGGCGGUGUGUCGGGUCAUUCUGAAUAAACGUUGAUCUCAGCUCUCGGC